UAACAUGGCGGCGGCGCGUGCGCGUUAAGAAACGCCCGAAGAGGUCGCCAGCGCCACGUUCCCCUCUAGUCAUGGCCGCUGCGGUAGAGACUGUGGGCAGAGGCGCUGUGGAAACGUGCGGCCUGAACGAGAUCCUGGAAGCUUUAAAGCUGCUGCUGAGCCCGGGAGGAUCAGACUCAAGUUCACUACAGAUUACAAAACACGACGUCUUGUUGGCUACUUUCAGAUCUAACUUGUCGGCCUUGGAGAACAAGUUUCUGAAAGGCACUCAGUGGACAAAACUGAAGCUUCUAAGAGAUGCAGUGGCCAGUAAGGCAGAGUGGCCACAAGCCUCCGAGGACAUCACUUGGAGUUUUACUGCUCAGACCUUGUUGUUGCUGCUAUGCUUGAAGGAAACCAUGGUCUGCCUUGCUGCUGAUUUCAACCCUGGUAAACCCAAUCCUCGGACUGCAGAAGCUGCCCCUGCCCUGAGUCCCGAUACGCUUAGCAUCUCCCAGCAGAAGAUCGUCCAGUCUGCUUUGCAAUUUGUGGUCACCUUGGGUGUCUGCCCCUAUCUCAUCCCUGGUGUCGGAGUGCCUUUGAGAUGCAGGACUGAGUUUGGUGCGGUGGUUCAAGACGUGGUCUGUCCCGAUGCCUCCCCUCACACAGCCCGGAGACUGUACACCAGCUGCAGGGUCCUCCUAGACGUUGCUCAGCACGCAUCCUUGGGAGGCUUGAUUUUUGGCUGCCACUUUGGGGACAUCGCUGCAGGACUGUGCCAGCUGGGAUUCUGCCCAACAAAAAGAAAACCACCAACCCCUGAGGAAGAGGUUUUAACAGAAGAGGAAAGAGCCUUGUCUCGUAGGGCCUUGAGAGACAUGUUGGAUCAAGUGUAUCAACCAUUAGCAGUCCGAGAAUUACUUGUCCUCCAGGGAGGCCCUCCUCAGUCUGGCACAGAUUUGAAGACGCAGCUCAGGUGUUGUGCCCCAGCUUGGCUUCGGCGUCUUUGUGGGCAGCUGCUCUCUGAAAGGUUAAUGAGGCCCAAUGGCGUGCAGGCAGUAGUCCGGGGCAUCUUAGAAGGAGCAGGUGCAGGGGCAGCCGGGGGGAGUGAUGCUGAGGUAACAGCUGCUGACUGGAAGAAAUGUGACUUGAUUGCAAAGAUUUUGGCCUCCUGUCCCCAGCAGUCUCUUUCACCAGACAGUUACUACAAGCACAUCUGCCCCCAGAUUCUGGAUCUGUUUCAUUUUCAAGAUAAACUGACAGAGCGGCAGUUUCAGAGAGUUGCUACUACCACAUUCCUAACUCUGUCAAGAGAACAACCAGAACUGGCAGCAAAGUAUUUGCUUCCACCAUUGUUAGCUGCUUUGCACCGAUGCACAGAUUCAGCAGAGAUUCCAGAGAGUGACAUGGUACCGGGGACCAUUUUGGUGACAGAAGAAGAACUUAGUAGAUGUAUUGAGGAUGUGUUUAAGGUGUGCGUGGUGGGGAAUGAGCCUCUCCCGGUGUUGCUGGAUUCCCUGCUGCCCGUGCUGAGGGUGCUCUUUUCACUCUACUGUUUCACCAGGCAGGGUGUCUCUCACUUAAGGUCAUUGUGCCAAGACAUCUUAUUAUGGAUCCUGGGAAAGUUGGAAAGGACGGAAGCAAUUGCUAGCCUCAAAGGAUUUGCAGGAUUGGACAAAGCUGCGCCCUCUCUCCAUCCUCAGUGCCAGUUUAGAGCUGCCACCCGAGGUGGCAUUAUGAUUACCACCAAAGAAGCCACCAAUGAUGAGGAUGAAGAUGAAGCCUUGUACCAGAAGGUGUCUUCCGAGCAGAGCCAGGUGGAGCAUCUCGGGGACUUGCUGUCCCAUUGCCAGGAAUGUGGUUUGGCAGGGGACUUCUUCAUCUUCUGCUUGAAGGAAUUGACUCAUCUAGCUGUGGAAAAUGAGGUAGAGGUAAAAGCUGAGUCUUUCUCCAGCAUAAGUCUCUUGGAGUUGGAGCAAAAGCACACUCUUCUUGUGGAAAGUCAAGAGCAGAAGCUGGUGGUCCUGCAGUUGCUGGCUGUUCUGUGUGAGAGAAUGUCUGAGCAGAUAUUCACAAACAUCACUCAGGUCGUGGACUUUGUCGCAGCAACACUUCAGAGAUCAUGUGUAAACUUAGCCCACGAGGCAGAGAGCACUGUGGAAUCACAGACGCUGAGCAUGGCCAUGGGACUGGUGGCUGUCAUGCUCGGAGGGGCUGUUCAGUUGAAGUCAAGUGAUUUUGCAGUCCUGAAGCAGUUGCUCCCUCUAUUGGAGAAGGUUUCCAACACAUACCCUGACCCUGUCAUCCAGGAACUUGCUACUGAUCUCCGUAUCACCAUCUCUACCCAUGGAGCCUUUGCCACUGAGUCUGUCAGUGUGGCUGCCCAAAGCACCCUGAAAAGAAAAGAUCCAGAAGGGAAAAUAGAAGAGCAGCAAAAAACCAGUCAUGACAGACACACAGGAGUAUCUCAGAGCCACCUGGAACAACAGCAAAACCAUGAGAAAUCCCCCCAAAUAGGCCAGGAGUGUAACGCUCCAUUCAUUCCUAAAGAAAACAUCAAGCCCAUCACUACCACAGACAGGAAAUCAGGAAGCAUCACCACAGAACAGCUCCAAGAGGUUCUUUUGUCCGCUUAUGACCCUCAGAUUCCAACUCGGGCCGCUGCCCUGCGAACACUUUCCCAGUGGAUAGAACAAAGAGAAGCAAAAGCCCUUGAGAGGCAAGAGAAGCUUCUCCAGAUAUUCUUGGAGAACUUGGAACAUGAGGACACUUUUGUGUAUCUCUCUGCAAUUCAGGGGGUUGCCCUGCUUUCGGAUGUGUACCCUGAGAAAAUCUUGGUUGACCUGUUGGCCCAAUAUGACAGCGGCAAAGACAGACAUACACCAGAGACCAGGAUGAAAGUUGGGGAAGUCCUGAUGCGAAUUGUCAGAGCAUUAGGGGACAUGGUCUCAAAGUACCGAGAGCCUUUGAUCCAUACCUUCUUGAGGGGUGCAAGAGACCCAGAUAGUACACACAGAGCCAGCAGCUUAGCCAACCUGGGAGAAUUGUGCCAACGCCUGGACUUCCUGCUCGGCCCCGUGGUCCAUGAGGUGACAGCUUGCCUGAUUGCUGUGGCUAAAACAGACGGUGACGUUCAAGUGCGCAGAGCUGCCAUCCAUGUGAUUGUGCUGCUGCUUCGGGGCCUCAGCCAGAAAGCUACUGAAGUGCUCAGGGACGUCCUCAAGGAUCUCUACCAUCUGCUGAAGCACGUGGUACGUUCAGAGCCUGAUGAUGUGGCCAAGCUCCAUGCCCAGCUGGCCCUGGAGGAGCUGGAUGAGAUCAUGAGAAACUUCCUGUUCCCACCCCAGAAGCUGGAGAAGAAGAUUGUGGUCUUGCCAUAGACCUGGCUCUGGAGGAGGCAGUGGAACCCUGCAAACCAAGCAGUGCUCGUGCCUUCCAGAAGGCGGCAAGCGGCCUCUUGUAAGCUGGCAAGAUGGCAGACCCUAAGGUGGCUUCAUGGCA